AGCAAACCUUGUAUGUACACUACUACUUCUGGUAUGAUGAAUGUAUAUGUUUACAUAACAUUACUAAUACAACUUGAAUUGCUAAGUUUGGGGAGAUGGCGUCGUUGGCAGCAAUAGAGCCAGGGCUAAGCCCGGGGACAUUACCGAAAGAGGAAUCCGUAGUACCAGUUUCUAUAUUCGCACCGGACUGUGGGGAUGACCUUUCAGGGGGAGAGUGCUUCGAAGACGGAGAGAAUGUUAACGGCGAGUCCGAGGAUCAUUUAGACUUUACUAGCAAGCUGACUCUGGUCAGCCCCACAGGAGAACAGUAUGACUCGUUACUACGGCAACUCCGAGAGAGGAUGGAUGAAGGAUGUGGGGAGACCAUUUAUGUUGUGGGAGUGGGCUCAGACGGAGGUGACUAUGGUCUGGACAAGGGGGACAUGGAGGCGUCAGUGGCCACAGUUCAAUCCCUGUGUGAGCAGAUAGAGGCAGACAUGAUCCUGCUGAGGGAACGUAGCGACGCAGGGGGGAAAGUACGAGACUACCUCAUCCGCCGACGGGUCGGAGAGGAGGACUUCCUGGAAGUGCGGGUGGCGGUGGUGGGUAACGUGGAUGCCGGUAAGAGCACCCUGCUGGGGGUGUUGACCCACGGGGAGCUGGACAACGGCAGGGGGUUCGCCAGGCAGAAACUCUUCCGACACAAACACGAGAUGGAGAGCGGCAGGACCAGCAGUGUGGGGAACGACAUCCUGGGCUUUGACCAGGAGGGACAUGUGGUGAAUAAGCCAGACAAUCACGGGGGCAGUCUGGACUGGACGAAGAUCUGUGAGAGGUCCUCUAAGGUCAUCACCUUUAUAGAUCUGGCCGGCCACGAGAAGUACCUGAAAACCACUGUGUUUGGAAUGACCGGACACCUACCAGACUUCUGUAUGCUCAUGGUGGGCAGUAAUGCAGGUAUUGUAGGGAUGACCAAGGAGCAUCUAGGUUUGGCUCUAGCCCUGAAUGUACCAGUCUUUGUAGUGGUCACCAAGAUCGACAUGUGUCCAGCCAACAUCCUAGCAGAGACACUGCAUCUGUUACAGAGGUUACUGAAGUCCCCAGGAUGUAGAAAGAUCCCUGUACUGGUUCAAAACAAAGAUGACGUUAUCGUCACUGCAUCCAACUUCAGCUCAGAGAGGAUGUGUCCAAUCUUCCAGGUCUCCAAUGUAACAGGAGAGAACAUGGAUCUUCUGAAGAUGUUCCUCAACCUACUGUCUUCUAAAACCUCCUAUAAAGAAGAUGAGCCUGCCGAGUUCCAGAUCGAUGACACCUACUCAGUACCGGGUGUGGGCACCGUAGUAUCCGGCACUACGUUACGUGGAUUGAUACGACUGAAUGACACGCUGCUGCUCGGCCCAGACCCCCUGGGCAGUUUCCUCUCUAUCGCUGUCAAAUCUAUCCACCGCAAGAGGAUGCCUGUCAAAGAGGUCCGUGGGGGACAGACCGCCUCAUUCGCACUCAAAAAGAUCAAGCGUUCCUCCAUCAGGAAGGGGAUGGUGAUGAUCUCUCCCAGACUAACACCUCAGGCUACCUGGGAGUUUAUGGCUGAGAUACUGGUCCUGCACCACCCCACCACCAUAUCACCACGAUACCAGGCUAUGGUGCACUGUGGCAGCAUCAGACAGACAGCCACCAUUCUGACCAUGAACAGAGACUGUCUACGUACCGGGGACAAGGCCUCAGUCCACUUCAGAUUCAUCAAGACCCCUGAGUACCUCCACACAGACCAGAGACUGGUGUUCAGAGAGGGACGGACCAAGGCUGUGGGCACCAUCACCAAGCUGCUCCAGUCAGUCACCAAGGCCCAGCAGGCCAAGAUGCAGUCCACUAAGAAGGGCACCACGUCAGCCAAUGAGGAGGCAGGAUCCGCACCGCGGCCCGACAGCCCCAACGCAGGACAGCUACCGCCCAAGGCAGGAGGUGGAGGCAGGAGGAGAGGGGGUCAGAGACACCGAGGAAAAGCCCUGAACAGCACAGCAUCACCAACAUCACAACAACACACACCAGCUGCAGCAGGAGUGGGCACCACUGCCUAACCCCCCCACCAUCUCCUCUCCUUCCUCUCUCUAUACUCUCUUCUGCAUCCUAUCUUCUCUCUCUAUCCCCUCCUCCUCUACAUCCCGUUUUGUAAUCAUUCUUAUUCCAAUUGACGGAGAAGGAAUGAAUGUAGCAAAGAAAAGGAGGACGAGAAGUGAAACAUGCAUUAAUCCUACAUUUUACAGCUUAACAUGUACAUCCUAGUUAGAUCACCAUUACAGAGUAGUUAUAGAACACAGUUAAAUGUCACUAUGGCAACUAACGACUGAACUGGCUCCUGGAAUAUAGCAGAAAGAAACAGUUUAUUCAAUCUAACAGACACGGUGUAGUAAUAGAAACAAAGCAGGUUUAGUUUUAUUCCAGAUUCAUUAUGUAGGCAGGAAAGACAUGUUGUUCAGGCACAGAGACCUAACUGUUGUCUUAAGGGGUCGUCAUCCAGUCUAAUAAUAACUGACUCAAGAUUCAAUCGAACAGGAAAUAAAUGGUGUAGUUCAGGGUUUAGAUGAAGUCUAACAGAACGGACCUGGCAUAGGAGUCAUAAGGUUUAGAUUUAUUAUUCAAUUCAUUUUUAUUUAUACAGGAAAGGAAUAGUGUACUCCACAAGGUUUCCACUCAAUCUAAUAGAACAGGAUAGGUGUAGUUCAGACACGGGAUAGCCCUACCUAACCAACCCCAAGGACAAUGUCCACUAGGCUCAUACACUGCCAUCUGACUAUACAUAAAACAGUGGUUCUCAAACAUUUGGAUCAGGACUCACUGUAGGUCAUGUUUUGUUCUAUUUUUGCCCUGGCUCUAUUUUAAUAGGAAAAACAACUAAUUUGGGCCUUGGAAAACCUGGUAUACAGAACCAAUCAUUUAGAUAUGUGUGCCUUUUUUAUGUCUGCCCAAAAAAAAGCAUUGAGUAGAAACUAUGAAAGCGUUGGAUUUUGGUCUUGGAGAAAUUAAGUGAGCUACAUUGUUCAAAUGGUGCAAAGUUCGUUCAAAGUUCUGUUCAUCUUUUGCAGUCAGGAAUGUUGACGCGUACUGAAAGACAGCCAGCAUAUCUGUUCUGUAAUUAAUUUCAAUAGAUUUGGGAAUCGUUGCUCAGCUACCCUUGUAGCGUGUUCUGUGUUGGAUUAUUUAUCUGGCUUUCAUAGAUGAAAGGGUUUGGAAAAUCCAAGAAGGCUAAUACGGCUUAAAAGUAUUUCAGGAGGAUUUAGAAGUUUUCCAUGUUAUCCUCAAUACCCCCUCAAGGACAUUGAGCCCAAAAACGCAGGCGGAAUAGUAGUUUUAAGAUUUGUUGUUUUAUUCAGUUUCUAGUCAUGCACACCUUCUAUAAGAUUUGUUGGCGGGACUAGGGUUUUUGGGAUUGAAGAUUUAGGUUAAUCCAUUUCCAUACUUGAUAUGAUUCAAAAAAAAAAAAAUCUAAGCUUUGAAAUGUUUGUGAGCAUUUUUAUUUUGGGUUUGUAUUGGGACAGGUUUCAGUGGUGGAAGGCUUGAAUUGGUUGUUACCACCAGGUAGAAGGUAUACUUUAGUACAGAUCUAGGAUCAGUUUAUCCAGCCACAGAUGUUAUCCUGAUCUAUUAGAGGGGGAAACAACUGACCUUAGAUCAGGUCUAAAGGUAACCUAAUUGUAUUUCUUCUCUGCUUUUAUGAUGGAUGUUGAUCUCAGUACAUUCAACAACCUUUAAAACGUUUUUUUUAGCUAAUAUUAGUGUAUACAUUUAUUUUUAUUUUUGAAUGGACUGAGAGACACAUUUUUGUGUCUGCAUCUUAUGUACAAAAUGGAGUGUUGCGCCGAAAGAAAAAGAAAGCUGUUUAACUUAAAACACAGUGGUGCCAGUUUGUUGUAAAUCCUUUUAAAUAAAGCUCUUUCAGAGUAUCAA